AUGUCUGGCCGCAGUCUGGUCUCGCGGCUCGUGCGACCGCGUCUGGGCGUGAGCUAUGCACUCCUGGAGCUCUCGGCGCCGGCAGCGCAUGCUAGGCUCUUCUCAACAGCUAAGAGACUGCUCACCGAGCUACCGAACACCCGUCUGUUCCGUGCCCUUAAAGAGCAUGAUCCGGCCAGCCUGGCUGUUAUGCAUAGCUUGUCGGGGCGCUCGUUUACCUACGGCAACCUGACGGCCGAUGUUCUCCGCGCAAAGGAAGACCUUGAGCAGAAGGCAGCAAAGACAAAGGGGAAGUUAGCUGGGGAGCGCGUUGCGUUUCUGGCAGAAAACAGCUAUGACUACGUGGUGAUGCUUUUGGCCAUCUUCGGAUGCGAUGCCAUUGCGCUGCCGCUGUCACCGUCAUUCCCAACAAGUGAACUGCAGUAUAUCCUUGAUAACUCAGAGGCCAAGGUACUACUGGCUACUGAGAAAUAUGCCGAAAAGGCAGACCAAGUCCUCAAAGCGGGCUUGUGGCAUGACCCUCUGUUUGAUAUCAGACAGAAGCUCUCCGAGGGAUCUGCUCGAAACGAGGCUGUGCCACUAAAGGAAUCGAAAUAUUCCCUCUCCGAGGGGCCGGCCGGCGGGAUGAUGCUAUAUACUUCCGGUACUACGAAUCGACCGAAAGGAGUAUUUAUCCCCGAGCAGGCCCUAGCUGCGCAGGCGCUGUCCCUCUUAGAAGCAUGGGAGUACUCGUCGCAAGACCGGCUCCUCCACCUGUUACCCUUACACCACAUCCACGGCGUGGUCAACGCAAUAGUUACGCCACUCUUCGCCGGCUCCUCGGUCGAAUUCAUGUACCCCUUCAACCCCGACCAGGUCUGGAAACGGCUCGCAGCGCCCUUCUUGCCCGGGUCUAAUAGCAGCCCUACCAAGUCCAAAAUAACCUUCCUCACAGCCGUGCCAACAAUUUACAACCGACUGAGGUCAUCCUUCCAAUCCCUCCCGGAGGACAUCCAACAAGCAGCCAAGAAAGGCAUAUCCCCGGAAAACCUGCGUCUCAACAUCUCCGGCUCCGCAGCCCUACCCACUCCCACCAAAGCCGCCUGGCAAACCCUCAGCAACGGCAAUGUCCUCCUCGAGCGCUUCGGCAUGACCGAAGUCGGCAUGGCGCUUAGCUGCGGGCUUGACCCUGCAGACCGCAUCGACGGCAGUGUCGGCUGGCCGUUGCCACGUGUGGAAGCCCGCCUCGUCGACACAGAGACGAACCAAGUCAUCCUGGUCGGCGAGGAAGUCGACGCGAACGGUCGCGCGCGCGAGGGCGAGAUCCAACUGCGAGGCCCGACGAUCUUCCGCGAAUACUGGGGGAACGCCGAAGCGACACGCGAGAGCUUCGUGCCUGGUGACGACGGCGACCACUGGUUCUGCACUGGCGAUGUGGCGACGCGGCGGGUUGUCGAAGGUGCUGGAAAGGGGACGAGUGGGGAGUGGGCGAGGGGUCCGAUGUAUUUCAUUCAGGGCCGGAAGAGCGUGGAUAUCAUCAAGACGGGCGGCGAGAAAGUGAGCGCGUUGGAGGUUGAGCGGGAGCUGCUUUCGCUACCUCAAAUCGCCGAAGCAGCCGUCGUGGGUCUCCCCUCGGAGCAAUGGGGCAGCAAAGUUGUGGCAGUGGUGGUCCUUCACCCUGAUGCGCAGACGGGCGGACGCAAGGGCAAGCCUUGGGGGCCGAUGGAUAUGCGGCGCGCGCUGAAGGAUCGGCUAGCUGCAUAUAAGAUCCCGCAGGAGAUGAAGGUGCUGGAGGCUAUCCCGCGGAACGCGAUGGGAAAGGUGAACAAGAAGGCUCUGGUUAAACAGGUGUUUGAUGUCUGA